AUUCUAAGCUACUAGCUAAGUAAAUCGCAUACAUAAAUAUAAAUCUAUUAUAACCGUGAAAUUUAGGAUUCACAAAACGCUUGUGCACGUUUUUUUUUAAAAUGUACCGACAUUAUAAGUCUUGAUUUUACGACGUGUUCCUCUGUUAGCUAACUUAUCUGCUAAAAUACUUAAGUUUAACACCAACGAGCCGAAAAUAUGUAUGACCUCGAAGAAGGUUUUGAAGGAAACCUGGAGCUUUCCUUAUCCAAAGCUAUGGAGGAUGUCAGUCAGCAUAGCUUUACUCAGGAGAAGGCUCUCAGGGAGAAGCAGAGGACCUUCAGCUCCCUACAGGCAACUCUUUCAUACAUUGAGAACAAAUGUGACACAGCAGAACAGGAGCUUGGAUCUAAAGUAAGGGAAAUCCUGAUGCUAGAAGGUGAGGUGGUGCACCUGAACCGGCAGGCGACCGCUCUGUACGACCGCAGUGAAUCCAUCAAUCGGGAAAUCACAGAGCUACAGAUCCAAAUAUGUACCGAAGAGGAGAAUGCUCACCUGGCGCUGGCCAGGUUUAAUACUUACCGAAACAAGAUGGAGUGUCACCGUGAAGCGGUUUUUAGUGCUGCGAGGUGCACAGAGGUCCAAGAGGAGUAUGACAGGAAGAAGGAAAGGAUCAGGAGUAUGAGGGAGAAGAGAGACCAGCUGAGGGAGGAUUUGAGGGAUCCAAAUGGAAAUGCAGUACUGAUGGCAAAGAAAGAGACUGAUGCUUUGAGGAGGGAGGUCUCUGAGAGGAGGACCACUGCAGCUGAGAUGAGAGAACACCUGAAACGAGAGCAGGAGACCCAUGAAAACUUGAAGAAAGAGAUAGAGAUCCAAAACAGGCGGCAUGAAGCCAUUGUCAAGCGCCUCCGCUGCCAACUAAGUAGAGCUCAGGCCAUCCACAGGCACAUGUCAGAGGAAAUCUACCACCUACAGAGCCAUCUAAACGAGCUGAAGAGACAGCAGCCAUCCUCGCAGGACUCAGAAGUCAUUUAGUUGUCGCAAAUUUGUGAUUUGAAUCAGUUUUGUUAUGUUAUCUUUGAUAGUUUGCUGUUAUUUUGAUUCAGCAAAGAUUUGUUGUUGUUGUUGUUGUUGUUGCCACAGUUUAACAGCUGGGGGCGACAUUGUUCACCAAACGAGUGGCUUUUUUUCCACACAAAAAGAUGGUAAUUGCUUGUUUGUUGUUUGUUUAAAGAUAAUCAACACACUAAGAUGAUGCAUUCAUCAUUUUAUUGCAAUCUCAGCACAUAAACAGAUUAAGAAAAUGAAGGAUUAAAACGUCUAAUCUGAUUUUAGGUCAGGUGAAGACAGAGAACGCCUUCUUGCACAGCAGAGACAAAACAAAUAAGUGUGGUGUAGCCGUCGAUGAGAAGCUGUUCCACUCAGAACAGCUUGUUCCAGCUUCUGCUCGACUGGGCGCUCUGAUGGUUAGGAGAUGGCAGUCCCACCAUCGGCUAACGAGGGCGUGACCGCGCUUGCUCAUCCAUACCUCAAACUAAUUGAACAAUGAAACGUCGCGUGAAGAAAUGAGUCCACAUCAGAUUCCAGCAGCCACUGAGAGGAGCUGUAACCAAUACAUGCCCUUCAUUUACAUAUUUCUGCUGCAUGAGUUGAUCAUUGUGUGAUUGUUUUACACACGAAAGUUAUAAAAAUAGGAAUUUUCUUUACCAAAACAAAUGAAUUCUGGUGAUCAUGAUCUGAUAGCAUGAUCUUUUUUUAAAUAAAACCCAACAAAAUAAGAUUAUAUUUUUAGGAAAGAAUAAGAGUGCUGUGUCCAAGAAAGUAGCCAAGUUUAAACUCAUUUCAAGUUUAUCUUUGAAAUGAGCUGUGGGAGUUUAAUUAGCCAGUCUGUGUCUGUGUCUGACUAGACACCUUUAAAGA